GCGUUGAUCAAAUGUUAACUUUGAAAUUCAAAAUGGCUGUUGACAAUAUUUCAUGCAAUGACUAAUAAAACGUUGGUUUACUACCGCCACAGAUCAAUGGAAGAGCAAAUAAGCUGUGCUAAUAACUGCUUGCUCCUGAGAAAUCUACACUGAUGAACCCAAUUUGAGUGAUGCUUCAUGCAUUCCAGGAGACAUUGAACCACGCUGACUCACACAUUUGCACAUAUACAAGUGACACUGAUGCACAUAUUUAAUAGACAAUAGAUGACAAUGGCAAAAACUAAGUCUAAAAAGCCAGUUAGGGCAAUAGCCACCAUGAUAAAGCAAACAUCUGUGAAAAAAACGCAGAGUAAAGUACAGAUACGUAAAAUGAUGGGUCCCAAGAAAAAGUCUGUUGUCAAAAAAGUUGUGAAGAGGAAGAAGCAUUCUUCAGACUCUGACAAUGAUCUUAUUGUGAAGGUGGCAUCAAAGUUACGGCAGUUGUCAUGGAAACCAAUUGAAAGUAAAACCCAUGAGAGAGUAAACAGCAUUGUACAAGGAUGUUUAGAGCAGAGUGUCAUGCUGACAGACUCCACUUUAGAAGAUGAAGUGAGGGAUAAAUUGCAACAGAUUGCAUCUCGGAUAAAGCAUGUGAUGAGGAAAACUAGUGCUCCAGCUAGGGGUCAAGACCAAGUCUAUGAUGGCACUGAACUGAAGUUGCUGAGAGAUUUACUAAUAAGAAAGAAGGAUCUCUUGGAGCAAGUAGAGAAUAUGAUAGAUCAGCAUAACAUAGAUAUCCAUGAAAUCAUUGACAAGACAGAUGAAGUGGAUGAGACUGCAAGAUCUGAGAAGGAGAAACACAAUGCAAGCAAAUCACAGCUACAUGAGUCAGUAAGGAAGAUUCAUCACACAGAUAGUCUAGGAAUUCCCCCAUUACCUGAGGCCUGCUACUCUUUAGGGGUAUUGGGGGUCCCUUGUGACGACAAACCAGAUGAGCAAGAGAAACUAUUACAAACAUUAAUAGAAGCACAGAACACACAAAAUGUACCAAAGUUAACUGAACAUAUUGUGAACAUUCUAGAAUCACUGGACUAAUGUUUCUCUAUAGAGAUACUAGGACAUAUAUAUAAGUGAAAGGACAAGACAGCAAACAGUUAGCCCAGUUCACUUGAGAUCUGGGAAUACUUUAGUAUGUACUUUCCACAAGUAGACUGAUAUCUUUAAAAUGUGUGUUAUAAAGUAAAAGGUUGUCCAACUGUGGAAAUGCUGAUGUUCCAUAUUUUGUUGAUAAAGUUGAAAAUGAUUUAAUGUUUAACAAAAGGUGAACAUUUUAAUUUUAUGUAGCAGUUGAAUUUUAUUUUUGAGUAAUAAAAUCUCAGUAACAAAAGCUUUAAUUAUCCCAUUGAACAAAGUUAGGGAGUCUUGCUCAAGAAGAACUUUCAAGAUGGUCGCUGAAUUUCAAAAUGGCUGUCAU